AGUGACUCAACAUAGCUCAAAUUCAAGUCAGUUUCGGUCAGUCGAUUCUCGGAUACCUUCGGUUGUGGACGUGUCGUACGCAGCAGUCUUCAAACCUGACUCUCACCAAACCCCUCCUCUUCAAAUAAACACAACCAUGGCAAACGUCCUGUGGUCCAUCAUCUGGCUCAUCAUUCUGAUCAUCGUCGGCUUUUGGAUUGCGUUCUUCUGCGCUGGGUGGUACGUGCUGGUUUACCCGCUGACCGUUUGCAUACCGGACGUGGCGGUCAUCUCCGAUUUCCUGCUCAAGGGGGCCCAGUUUGCGCACUAUUGCGCCAAGAAUCUGGUCGAAGGCAAUGCACUGUUCUAGGAUGGUGUUAGUUUAUAGUGUAAUUUUUUAUCAUUAACCUAUUUUAAAAGAUGUUUGUUUUCAUAUAUUUUAACGAGAGUGGUUCAUAUCAAGUGCAAAUUUUGAAGUUCGUUUAAGGAUUCUCGAACUGCAGUACGUACACACCGGAUAAGCUUUAACUCAGAAUAAAAAAUAAAACACAUGCUCUAGUUAUUAAACAAAACA